AUGAGUGAUAGAAGAAGGUUAUUAGGCCCUGUGAAUGCGAAGCUACCAGCUGUUGGGAUUUCCUCUGAUUUGAGUGAUAAGCCUGCAACAGUAGACAAGAAAAGAAAUGAUGAAGUUAGGAAAAUGUUUUUAAAGUCAGGAUUAGUUACAAAUGCUAAUGGUUCAGCAUACUUAGAAGUGGGAGAUACUAUAAUUGAGGUGUCUGUAUUUGGUCCUAGACCUAUUAGGGGUUCUUUUAUUGAUCGUGCAUCUUUCUCAGUAGAAUGUAAAUUUUUACCUUAUGUGACGCAACCAAACGAAAUUACAUUCAAUGGUAAAGCUACUAAUUUUAACAAUAAUGGUAGGCCCUCGUUAACAAACAUAGAACAAAAAAUUUCUUCAUAUUUAGAAACAUCAUUAUUACCGUGCAUACUAUUAGAAAAAUAUCCCAAAUCAACCAUAGAUAUAUUUGUUUCAGUCAUUUCGACAAAUUCCAAUCCAAAUUCGAAUUCUUCGUUGCUUAACUUAAUUAACUGGAUUAUUAAUUGUUCUUCGUUAGCAUUAGUGGAUUCAGGAAUUGAAUUGAAAGAUAUCGUAACCAGUGGACAAGUUAAGUUGAACCAGAAGUCCAACGAAUUAACUUUUGAUCCAAUAUACUCUCUUGAUACUAUUGAUAAUGAAGACAGUAUUGAUUGCCUUGUAAGCUUCAUGAAUUUAAGAAACGAUGAAAUAGUUGGGUUUUGGGUAGAAGGUAAACAAGAAGAACUAGAUGAAACUAUUGUUACACAAUUAAUUGAUGGCUGUAAUGAGAUGUCUAAACAAAUUAGAAGUAAUAUCAAUGGUUACUUGUUAAGCUUAAUGGAAUCAAAAUCAAAUUAA